CAAUGAAUGCUCGUUGGUACACACUCUCCCUAAAAAUAGAGAGAACUUAAAAACAAGAAGAUUUUUUUUAUUUUUAAAAAGUUAAUUCUGGAAAAUAAAAAAACGAGAGUUGUUGUUUCUCACGAAGAUGAAGAUGAAAUGAUAUUCCAUGAUGAUCAUGUUUCUUACUAAACCCUAAUAAUCAAGAAGAGAGGGCUUUUCAAGAACAUUCAUCAAUGUCCGUUAUAUCAUCUCGGACAGGACGAGAUCGUCAACGUUAUGACAACAACUUUCGUCUCGUUUCUGGAUGCAUUCCGUAUAGGCUGAUCAAAGACGAGGGAAUUGAAGAAGACACAAGUGUUGACUUUGUAAACAAGCUUCAAGUUCUCAUGGUUACAUCUCCUAAUCGUCAUGAUCUUGUCUUCCCAAAGGGAGGAUGGGAAGAUGAUGAGACAGUUCUUGAAGCUGCUUCUCGUGAAGCCAUGGAAGAGGCUGGAGUUAAAGGAAGCCUUAGAGAAGUUCCUUUAGGAGUUUGGGAAUUUAGAAGCAAAAGUAGUAUUAGUAGUAGUUGCAAUGAGGAGGAUGAAUGUUUUGGUGGAUGCAAAGGAUAUAUGUUUGCAUUAGAGGUAACCGAAGAACUCGAGGAUUGGCCAGAACGUGAGAAUCGUGAGAGGAAAUGGUUGAGUGUUAAAGAAGCAUUGGAGCUGUGUCGAUAUGAGUGGAUGCAGAGAGCACUUGAAGAGUUUUUAAGAGUAAUGCAAGAAGAAGAAGAAGAAGAAGAAGAAGAAGAAAAGAAAUUGAGAACAGAGGAAGAGACAGUGCAGGAUGAUUCUUCAAAGCUACAGGAGUGUCAAAUAGAUCCUUGUUACUGUUUUGUAGUUAAUUAGUUCUUUUUCAAUCUUUAUUUUAGCUUUUGGAUUCAGUUGAAAAGCUGCUUCUAAUACUAAUGUAAACAAGUUGAAACAUAAGAAGCAAACAUUUGACUUCA